AUGGCGUCAAGAGAUGGUCUCUGUCUAAGAAAUUUCAGAACCAGGGAGAACCUGAAGGGAGCCGCCGAAGCUGCCAUUUCUUCCUUGGAGAACAUGAAGCAGACCUGUCCGUCAAUGAUUUUAGGAGGCCUCAUCGGAAGGGAUGAAUCAGAGUUUAUUCAAGAUAUCAUUAAAUGGGUGGACUCAAAAAUGGUAAAUCAUACACCUCUUAAUGUUGCUAAGUAUCCAGUUGGAAUAGAGUCUCGUGUACGAGACAUUUAUCAACAUUUAAAUAUGGGAAAGAAUGAUAUUAUAUGCAUGGUAGGGAUAUUUGGAACUGAUGGAAUUGGUAAGACAACUAUUUCAAAAGAGGUCUAUAAUAAGAUUUCUUAUCAAUUUGAAGGAAGUUGUUUCUUGAAAAACAUUAGAGAAAUUUCAAAAGCAGGAGGUCUGAUCCAGUUACAAAAGACACUUCUUUAUGAGAUUUUGGGAAUAAGUUUGGAAUGUCAUGAUACUGACAAAGGCAUCAAUGUAAUUAGGCAUAGACUUUGCUCUAAAAGGGUUCUCCUAAUUCUUGAUGAUGUGGAUGACUUGGUCCAACUAGAAACAUUAGCUGGAGCUUGUGAUUGGUUUGGUCCAGGAAGUAGAAUCAUCAUAACAACAAGAGAUCAACAUUUAUUAAAUAUCUCUAUAGUUGAUUCAAAAUAUGAAGUAAAGAGAUUGGAUCAUAAUGAAGCUCUUGAGCUCUUUAGUUGGCAUGCUUUUGAAGAAGACAAACCUAUUGAAGAUUAUGUUGAACUCUCUAAGCAAGGAAUGCAAUACGCUGAGGGCCUUCCACUAGUUUUAAAAGUGUUAGGCUCAGAUUUAAGGGGUCAGAAUAUAAAUCAUUGGAGAAGUACAUUGGAUAAGUAUAAACGAAUUCCUAACAAAAAUAUUCAAGAAGUACUAAGUAUAAGUUACGAUGGAUUAGAUGAUAAUGAGAAGGAGAUUUUCCUCGAUAUUGCUUUUUUUUUCAAAGGACAACACUUGGAUUAUGUCGUUAAAAUAUUAGAUAGCUGUGGUUUCUCUCCGGAAUAUGGUAUCAAAAGGCUUACAGAUAAGUGUCUCAUUACAAUUACUAUUCACAAUACAUUGUGGAUGCAUGACUUGCUACAAAACAUGGGCAGAGAAAUUAUCCAAAAGGAAUCACGCAAUAAACCAGGUGCACGUAGUAGAUUAUGGUUUUAUGAAGAUGCUCGCCAUGUACUGGAGGAAAAUGCAGUAAGUUCUUAA